AUGGGACUGAAGCGACCUUUUGAUGCUGAAGAGAUGCAAGAGUGCAACGCUAAGCAUGCAAGGCAGCUUAGUUAUAGCCCUAAGCAUCUCAGCCAAUCAGACGAAUUCAUUCCUUAUCAUUUUCCUCUGGAGAAAACAGGUUUCUUAGCCGACGAUAAGCCUACAUGGAGUUACAAUGAUCAUGUUGAGAAGGAUUUUGAUACAUGUGCACCGUUCUCGUGGAACCAAACCGGUUCGUUUCAGGAAGAUGCGACGACGACGACUCAGUCAUCUCUUUCUCAACAAUCUUCCGGUUCAGAUUCCACCUGGAGACCAGUUUCACCAUUGGAGGAUGCUUACACUCGUCUGAUGAGUCAUGCUCCGACGAAAGAAGUUCCGGUUGGGUCUAACCACCAGGCGGAGAUCCCUGAAUACGUCAAGGAAGAGAUUCUUGAUCGCGGUAACGAUGCAGUAGAAAGAAUACUGAUGGGGAAGUGCAUUAUAACACCAAUGCCUGAAUCAGACGUUUGUGGAUCUGUUGUUGGUCAAGGAAGAAAGGAAUGUCUUUGCCUUGACAAAGGCUCUGUCAGAUGCGUGCGGCUACAUGUCAUGGAAGCGAGAGAGAGGCUGAUCAAAGAUAUAGGAUACGAGAGGUUUAGGGAGCUAGGGUUCUGUGAAAUGGGAGAGGAGGUUGCAAGGUUAUGGACUGAAGACGAAGAAGAUCUGUUUCAUAGAGUUGUCUACUCCAAUCCUGUUUCAAUGGGUCGCAACUUCUGGAAGCAAUUGAAGGCGACUUUUCCUUCAAAAACCAUGAAGGAACUUGUUAGCUACUACUUCAAUGUCUUCAUCUUGCAGAGACGGGCUACGCAGAACCGGAUUAGAACCCUAGACGUUGACAGUGACGACGAUGAAUGGCAAGUUGAAUACGAGGAGGAGGAGGAAGAAGAAGAAGAAGAAGAAACCAACAGCAACGACGAAGAAGGAUCACCAAGUAACGAUGCUCGUUGUGUAUAUAUGGAUAAGGAUUCAAGAGGCGGUGAGGUAUACGUGGAAGACGACUCGUGUAUGUCCUUCGAGCUACAGGACUCCAGUUUGAUCUUUUCUCACAGCUCGAUUGGAAACAGAGAGUGCCGCAGAUCUGGUGGUGAUGAUUCGUUUUCGUUUGAUGAUGCCUGUGAUGGGAGACUCGCACCAUCAGAUUGCUGGAUCAAGAACAACGAUCUUCUACCAACUUCGAACAUCAUUGAGGAGAUAUUUGGUCGAGAUGAAUGGAGAGAGAAUGAUGAUGAUGAUGAGGAUAACUCCAAGGGGAAGUAA